CGUCGCGUCUCGUCUCUUACAUAACCCAGCUCCCAGCUCCCAGCUCCAGACUAUAAAACGGCGCGCGGCCACGAUUGCCGAAUCAUUUCCAGUCAGUUCAGAGGCGAGUUAUCAUCCGAGAGUCCUUGGCAACGAAUCCAACCACAUGGCGGCCCGUUUUAUUAUCAGUGCGCUCCUGCUGGCCAGUCCGGUUGUAUGGGGCAAGCCCACAUUCGGACGCGAGCACGUCCACAUCCGCAUCCAUCUUCCGGAAAGCGGUGGGGAUCAUGGAGGCCACGGAGGUGGUGAUUUCGGUGGACACGGAGGUGGUGACUUUGGAGGGCAUGGAGGCGGUGGCUAUGAGGUCCACUCCCACGAUGGCGGUUACAGUGGAGGAGGAGGCGGCGGCGGCGGCGGUGGUCAUGUGGCCACAUAUGCUGUCAUCACGGAGAAUCACGGUUACAGCGCCGGGGGCGGCGGUGGCGGUCACGGAGGUCACAGCUCCGGUGGAUAUAGCUACGGCGGUGGACACGGAGGAUCUGGCCACGACGACGCCAAGAUUGCUGCCAUAGCCGCUGCUGCAGGUUCCUCCUCUUCCGACCAUGGACAUGGACACGGACACGGAGGCAGCGGUCACGGUGGAGACUAUGGUGGCCACGCCAUUGCCAAUAUUGCAGCCAUCGCCGCCAGCUCGGACUCCUCUUCCCACGGAGGCAGCAGUGGUGGAUACGGAGGCAGCAGUGGAGGCUACGGAGGCUACAGCGGAGGAGGCGGCGGACACGACGCGCAGCUGGUUGCUGCCGUGGCUGCUUCCAGUGACGGACACGGCUCCUCUGGUGGAUACGACGCUGGCUCCUCUGGCGGCUAUGGAGGUGGCUCGUCCUACAGCGGCGGCUCCUCCUACAGCAGCGGCUCCUCUUACAGCAGCGGUGGCUCGUCCUACAGCAGCGGAGGAUACAGCGGUGGACAUGGUGGUGGCUACAGCGGUGGACAUGGAGGCGGCUACAGCAGCGGAGGUGGCUCCAGCUACGACACACAGGUGGUGGCUGCUGCUGCUGCUUCCGGCAGCGGUGGUUCCUACGGUGGAUCCUCUGGCGGUGGUGACGGAUACAGCUACUCGGCACCAGCUGCCGGCGGCUGGUCAGGAUCUGGCGCUGGAUCCAGCUGGUCUUAGACAGCAAAGUUCGACCCUGGCCAUCAUCUGGUCGUCUAGUCUAUUCUAUAGCGCCCUCAUGUCCUCCAGUUCACUCCAUCCGCACGGAACUUAACUUAUAUACGGCUCAUCCAUAUAUUCCAUACAUCCUCACGCAAUGCCGAUGUACAAAAUAAACCAUGUUAGUGUAAUAAUUUAAA